AUGGAGAUGGGGGAGAUGCUGGGAUUCCAGGGAGAGACACCUGGAAAGAGGAUCAGAGAGGGCUGGGAAAGGAUGCUGACAGCACCAGGGGCACUGCUUCCGGAAAGGCUGCUGCUGCCCUCACCUUGCCUCUCCUCUCCACCGUGGUGCUAGAGAACCACCACAUUUGUAUGGUCUGGUCUCUGGCCACAUUUGCCACAGCCAUACCAUGCAAAGAUCGUGUCCCUGCCUGUGUGUAUUCACUUGUGUACACAUGUGGGCCAGGUUAUGCUGACGGGAAAGGGGCGUGGAAUACCCUGGACAGAGAGUCCUACCCAGGGGAGUCUAUCGGCACCAGCUAGGGGGAGGACACUGUCAUUUGUUUAUCUAGAAUUACUAUUGUUUUGUUUGGGGGUAUCAGAACAUUUAUUUGGAAGUUUCUAAUGACAUUUUAUGUUUAUAAAAGGGCUGCAUGAAUUAGGGAAGGUUGAAAUUUAUACUGAAGUGGGGAGAUGUUUAGUCUGAAGUUCUUUCAGUAGAAACUCUUCAAGUGGGACAAAUGGUUGCAAAUUGAUACCCCUGAGUCAUUGGAGGUAGCAUGGGCGAAAGUGCCAGGGAGGCCGCAUGUGAGGGGAAGGCAGGGCCUCCCCCACACUCUCUGUCCAAGGUCUGCUCAUCUUGUCCAGGGAACAUGCACGGAAGGUGGAGAGCAGCCCUUUGUCCAGCCAUUCCCCAGUUUUGGGGGACUGGAUCUAGACCUAUUGCUAGAAUUUUCCCAGGGCUUGAUGGCUUGAGCAGGGACUAGGUUUGAAUUAUUUUAGAGGCUCUUAACUUGACAAUGGAGCCCAGAGGCUUUCCUGUUGUGGGCAUGGGUGCUGGGCUUUAACUUUGGUGGAGAGGCAAGGGGCUGAGCAGAAGUUGUGUGACAGGCCCUGGUUUGUAAAUGGCCUACUGUGUGAUUUGGGAAGAUUCCUUAACCUUUCUGUGGCCUGUUUUCCCCAGGAGGUAGAAGGGCUGAGGGAUAAUUUCUUUGAGCCCCUUCUAGAAUCCAUUAAUGACCAGGGCUAAUAAUGUUGGUGUGGAUCACCUAAGAUUCAGAGAAGAGUGGCCCAGGGUAGGUAUUGUCUGUCUGCGGCCACCAUCCCCCAGUCUGGUCCAAGUAGCUACUUCCAGGCUCCUCUCAGACUGUCCUGGAUUUAGUCCCUUGGGGCAAGAUGGGGAGAUUGAGGGCCAACUCUCCUGCAGAUGCUGCUUGGCUAAGGGACAGAUGAAGGGGUGUGGGACAGGAAGCCCUCUGAAGGCUGCACUCCUCCCUGGCUCCUGGGUCCCAGCCCUGGAGGGCAAAGGAGUGAGGGAGGGCUAGUUCCUGUGUACCUUACAGAUCACAGCUGCCUUGUGCAAACCAUGCUGGUCACCCACCCAUCUCUGCAAUUCCACCAAACACAAACAGCAGCAGCCUCACCACCUCCUAGGCAAACAGCUCAGCUGGCUUGCAGGGCAACAAGGUCAGGGCAUCUCCAUCGGCCUGGGGGCUGGCCAUCAACAGCUCCCCCACCCGUGAUGGCACAGGGGCCCAUUUCCUGCCACAAGCCCACAUAGGGUGCCUAUCUCAACGGCUCUGGGCGGGUGACUUGCAGAGUGGCUUCCCCUGAAACAGUGGGGUGGAGGCCGAGGCUCCCAGGGAGAGUGAGCCCCAGUGUAGAGGAGGAAACCAAGGCACAGAAAGAGACAGGUGUCCUCCAAGGCCAUGCAGUGAGACCCGGGAUAGCCUCACUUCUUCAUCCCCAAUCCUGCUGAGGGAAAGUGGGUGCUCUGGGCCCCUCAGCAUCUCUUUCAGACUUUCUGGUACCUGCCCACUCCAAGGGCACAGACGGAGAGGAGACAGACCAGAGUCCACCGCCGCCUCUGCCUGUGUCCAUACAGAGCGCGCCUGCAGAGGGAACAAGCUCCUGAGAGCCACCUGCCAGUCUUCCCAGGUCAUUAAGAAAAGAUCCAGCUUUCUGGGCAGAGGGAGCCUGAACUGCAGCACUUUCACUUUGUCAGGUUACAUGCAGUGGGAACCGGAGGAGCAGGUGGCAAACGGGACAGAUGCUCUGUGUCUUAUUCACAGUGGGAAGUGGCUGAAGGAGGAAGGGCCCAGGCGAGAGUGAGCGGAAGCAGAACGCUGGGAGGUGAAAGAGCGGGGCUGUAGCUGGCUCUUGCCGACAGGCUCUGCCAAGGGCUCCGGUGUGAGGAGAAAAUGCACCUGUCGACACUCUUCCUCCUCCUCUGGCUCUCAGGUUCCCCCAAUGCUGGGAUUCGAGGGAAUCCAAUCACCAGUCCAGGAGCAGCUAGUGGCCCAGAGCGGGGCUCAUUGACUGUGCAGUGUCAUUAUGACCCAGUGUGGGAAACCAACCGGAAGUGGUGGUGUCGAGGGGCUGAUUGGAGCUUCUGUAAGAUCCUUGUUAAGACCACUGGCAUAGAGAAAGAGGUGAAGGAGGACCGUGUGUCCAUCAGGGAUAGCUGGAAAGACCACACAUUGACUGUGACCAUGGAGGCGCUCAGGAGAGAUGACGCUGACAUGUACUGGUGUGGGAUCGAAAGAAUUGGAGUUGACCAUGGGGUCCAAGUUAAGGUGACCAUUGACCCAGUGUUGAAUGCCAAGACCACCACUACUACUACCACCACCGUCACCAUCACCACCAUCACCACGUUUACAGCGCCUGUCAAUCUGGAAAAGACUGAAGAUUCCUCCACGCUGACUAAUUUUCACUCUGGUGACAGGCUUGGCAUCAUGAGACUCAGCAUCCUCCUUCCCCUCAUCUUUGCCAUACUGCUGCUUCUCUUGAUGAUCAUCUCGCUCUUGGCUUGGAGGAUGAUGAAGCAGCAGAAGGAAGGCUGUGCAGCCCCUCGAGGACAAACUCUGCUAUGCAAACCUGACCCUGCAGCAGAAAGGAACCUCCUCCAGCUCCUCCCGGAAAAAGGCCUCCGUGAAGGCCCCCUCCGCUCCCUUGGUGGAGGUGGAAUAUGUCACUAUGCACUCGGUUCCGAGGCAGGAAGUUUCCUAUGCAUCUCUGUCUUUGGGCAUCUUGGAUCAGGAACCGACCUAUAGCAACACUGGCCAGCAUGUCACCCAUGUGUCUGGUGGGAGCCACCAGGAGCUCACACAGUAUAGCACCAUCAGGAAGCCUUAGCCUGGACCCCACGCAAGGCCUGUGAGCACCUUCCAGCCUCGUCAGCUUUCUGUCCCUGCUGUCCUCACCAGGACCUCCUCCUGAUUGGCCAGCAGUGUCCCCAGCUCCAGGACCUAGCCUCAGGGGGCUUCAGGGAGUCAGGGAUCUCCCUGCAUACCCCUCCUCUCCCACAUAGCUGGGGAGGGGGCUUGGGAUGUGCCCUGGGAUAUUAGAUAUCCUAAUCCCCAGAACCUAUGAAUGUCAUCUUUUGUGGCAAAGGGGACAAUGUAUUGAUAUUUAAUUGAAGGAUUUUGAGAAGUGGAGAUUGUUCUGGAUGAUCUAAGUGGACCUAGAACAUAAUCACAAGGGUCCUCAGAAGAAGGAGACAAGAGGAUCAAAAGAGAGGGUGAUGGGAUGAUGAGAAUGGAGGGUGGAGCAUGGAGACCAGCAGCCAAGGGCGCCGCAGAUUCUAGCAGCUGAAGGAGGCAGGGGUGGGCUCUCCCUUGGGCCUUCUGAAGGAAUCAGAAAAGAACACCGACCUGAGCCCAGUAAACUGAUUUUAUACUUCUGACCUCCAGAACUGUAGGAGAAUAAAUUUGUGUUGUUUUCAGUA